GCAUUUUUAAUUACUGCAAAAAAAAAAGAAAGUGUCCCAACACACAGAAAAACUAUUGGUCUAAUCAUCUGAGAUCGACUUGACACAUGAUUAUAAAGAUGGAGUUUAUUAAAGUGGAGAGUGAAGACAUGAAGAUUGAAGAAACAUUCAGAGUCAAACAUGAAGAUACUGAGGAACAAACAGACCUGAUGGCACUGAAGGAAGAGAGGCAAGAACUUACAGAGAUAGAAGAGAAAAAUGAAUAUUCGCAAUGUGAUUUAAUGACUGUGGGAAAAUCCAUACACACUAAAACAACUUCAUCACGAAAAAAAGUUCAGAGGACCAAAUCAAACGUUUCCUUCACCUGCCAUCAAUGUGGAAAGUGUUUCGAUAGAAAAUAUAACUUUGAAACCCACAUGAAAAUUCACACUGGAGAAAAGCCUUUCACAUGCCAACAGUGUGGAAAGAGUUUUAGAGAUAAAAAAGGCCUUAAUUCCCACAUGAAGUGUCACAUUGGAGGGAAGCCGUUCACAUGUGAUCAUUGUGGAUUGGGCUUCAGAAAAAAAGUAACCCUUAAUUUUCACACAAAGAGCGAACACUCAGGAGAGGAUGGUUUUAAAUGUCAUUGGUGUGGAGAGAGCUUCAGUUGUAAAGUAAGCCUCAAAACUCAUACGGGACUUCACACUGGAGAGAAGCCUUUUAUCUGCACACUGUGUGGAAAGACCUUCUCAUACAAAGCAGCUCUUAAGAGUCACAUGAUUGUUCACACUGGAGAGAAGUUGUUUCCAUGUGAUCAGUGUGGAAAGUGUUUAAAACAUAAAUCAAGCUUUGAUUUUCACAUGAAAAGUCACGCUGGAGAGAAACCCUUUAACUGCAAACUCUGUGAGAAGAGCUUCUCACAAAAAGGAAAUCUUACAGUUCACGUAAAGUCUCACACAGGAGAGAAGCCUUUUGUGUGCGCUCAGUGUGGAGAAGGUUUUACACAUGAAAUGGCCCUUGCUAAUCACAUGAGGCUUCACUCAGGAGAGAAGUCUUUUAAUGGUGAUCAGUGUGGACAGAGAUUCCCAGACAAGAGACACUUAAACUGGGAUGAAAAAUGCAUUCAUUCAGAUCAUUCUCGAAAGUCAUCUUUCACAUGCCAUGACUGCGGAAAGAGUUUCAGAUUUAAAGGAAACAUCAGGGUUCACAUGAGAAUCCACUCUGGAGAGAAACCCUUCGCCUGCACUAACUGUGGAAAGAGUUUCAGAUUUAAAGCAAACUUCAAGGUUCACAUGAGAAUCCACAAUGGAGAGAAACCUUUCACCUGCACUCAAUGUGGAAAGAGUUUCAGUCAGAACAUAAGCCUUAAGGUUCACAGGAGGAUUCACACUGGAGAGAAACCUUUUACCUGCAACGUGUGUGGGAAUACCUUCACAUAUAAAUCACAAUAUAAUUCCCACAUGAGAACUCAUACUGGAGAGAAGCCUUUUACCUGCAAAGUGUGUGGGAAGAGCCUCUCACGCAAAGCAGCUCUUAAGGUUCACAUGGACAUUCACACUGGAGAGAAGCCGUUUCCAUGUGAUCAGUGUGGAAAGUGUUUCAGACAUAAAGCAACCCUUGAUUCACACAUGAAAUGUCACACUGGAGAGGGUCCGAAUACCUGCAAACGGUGAGAAGAGCUUCACACCAAAGGGAAAUCUUAAGAUUCACAUGAGGCUUCACGCUGAAGAGGAACAUUUACCUGUCUUCAGUGAGAACCUUUACAUAUCAUCAAGACCUGAAACGACAUUUGCAAACACAUGCUGGAAAGAAACAAAAGUCCUCUGCAAGUAUAGUCUGAAAAAUCAAAAACACGAUUGCUCUGGAGUCAUGCAGAUGUGGACAAUAUUUGUGUUCUUAUUGAGGAAAAUUUUUUAAAUGGCUCAGUCGCUUAAAAUGUCAGCAGAAAGUGUGAAACUAAAGCUACGUUCUCACCACAGCCAAAAAUGACCGAAAUCUGAUCACCCACCUUCAUGACCAUUUACAUUUUCACCUCUUUAUGAGUCUGACAUUUUUUUGUCUUAUACUUAUGAACUGCUGUGAACACACCUGACCAUCUACUUCGUCAUAGUCUAGUUGUUCUCAAAAUUUUGGUUUGUUCCCAGACA